UUUAACGUUUUAGGUCAAGGGGUGCUUUUAGGUCAGUCAGUGAGAUGCAUUCGCCCGACGCGAGCGCGCAGCAAUGGAGCCAGCAGCCGCCGAUCGACAUGAAGACGCUGUGGGUAGGCGAUCUCCAGUACUGGAUGGAUGAGAGCUACCUCAAUUCCAUCUUCAGCAGCACUGGCGAGCUGGUGAGCGCCAAGAUCAUCAGGAACAAGGCGUCGGGCUUCCCCGAGGGGUAUGGAUUCGUGGAGUUUGCGUCGCAUGCAUGCGCCGAGAGGGUGCUGACGGCGUUCACGGGCACCCAGAUGCCGCAGACCGAGCAGCUCUUCCGCCUCAACUGGGCCUACUUUGGGAUUGGCGAGCGCCGCCCCGAGGGAGGCCCCGAGAACUCCAUCUUCGUCGGCGACCUGGCACCCGACGUGACCGACUAUAUGCUCCAGGAGACGUUUAGAACGCGGUACCCGUCUGUUAGAGGUGCUAAAGUCGUCACUGACGUCGCCACAGGGCGCUCCAAAGGCUAUGGAUUCGUCCGCUUUGCCGACGACUCGGAGAGGGUCCGGGCCAUGUCCGAGAUGAAUGGGAUCUACUGCUCCAGCCGUCCCAUGCGGAUUAAUGCAGCUACUCCGAAGAAGGCUUUGAUCCCGAGCGCGCCAGCUCCACAAAAAGGUGAGAGUUUCUUCGUUUUCUAUCAACGUAGCUCACAGCUUUUUUCUUCGUCUCUCUCUUUUUCAGUGACCACUUUUGCGACUUCACCUCUACAGAAUGUGCCAAACGACAAUGAUCCGAACAACACAACCAUAUUUGUUGGUGGUCUGGACCCCGCAGUGUCCGAGGAGGAGCUCCAGAAAACUUUUGGUGAGUUUGGCGAGCUUGUUUAUGUCAAGAUACCUCCGGGGAAAGGCUGUGGAUUUGUCCAGUUUACUCACAGAUCGUGCGCCGAGGAAGCAUUAGGAAAACUUCAUGGUACCAUGAUCAGGCAGCAAGCUAUCAGAUUGUCGUGGGGGAGAACCGCAAAUAAACAGUAUCCCGCUGGAUGGGGUGGUGAUCCAUCUCAGGGCUAUUAUGGAUAUGGAUACGAUGGCUAUGGAUACACACAAGGCCAAGACUCUACGUAUAGUUAUGCUGGAUAUCAAGGCUACCAAGGAUAUGGAGGCUAUAUGCAACCGGGCGAUCCGUAUGCAAUGUAUGAUCCUAACAACGAGGUUUUCGAUCCCUUGACGCCACCCGACAUUGAUACCCUCAACGCAGCAUAUAUCGUCAUGCACGAGCCAUUUCUCGUCGGGCGGCAUCUAUCGCUCCCCCGAAGCACUGACACUUCGCAACCGGUGCUUUACUCGUGUUGAGCAGUGGUCUCUACCGCUGCGUUAGCAGCUGAUCAAAGAAAGAAAAAAAGAAUUUCUUUCGAAAAGUCCAGCGUGUGGUGCCUGUGAACACUCUGGUUUUUUUCAUGCUCUCUCACACUUUUCUUUUUGAGUGUUCUUCCUAGAGCUACUUCGAUGGGUAACGUUUCCUGAGAUCUGGAUGUUAACUUUAUUGAAAGAAUGGCUGCUUUCAGGAAAA